AUGGGCUCCGACGUGCGAGAUCUCAACGCCCUGCUCCCCUCUGUGCCCUCCCUGCCGGGCAACAGCAACUGCACCAUGCCGGUGAGCAGCGCCGCGCAGUGGGCGCCGGUCCUGGACUUCCCCCCGGGGGCGUCCUACGGCUCGCUGGCCCCGCACUCCUUCAUCAAGCAGGAGCCCAGCUGGAACGCCUCGGACCCGCACGAGGAGCAGUGCCUGAGCGCCUUCACCGUCCACUUCUCCGGCCAGUUCACCGGCACCGCCGGCGCCUGCCGCUACGGACCCUUCGGAGCCCCCCCGCCCAGCCAGGCGCCCUCUAGCCAGGCUCGGAUGUUUCCCAACGGCCCCUAUCUGCCCAACUGCUUGGAGAGCCAGCAAGCCAUCCGCAACCAGGGUUACAGCACAGUGGCGUUUGAUGGGACUCCGAGUUACGGCCACACUCCCUCUCACCACGCAGCGCAGUUUACAAACCACUCCUUCAAACAUGAGGACCCCAUCAGUCAACAGACCUCGCUAGGAGAUCAACAGUACUCGGUACCUCCACCAGUGUACGGCUGUCACACCCCCACAGACAGCUGCGCAGGCAGCCAGGCCCUGCUCCUGAGGACCCCGUAUAACAGUGACAAUUUAUACCAAAUGACCUCACAGCUUGAAUGCAUGACAUGGAAUCAAAUGAACUUGGGAUCUACAUUAAAGGGCCAUGCAACAGGAUAUGAGAGUGACAACCACACUGGUCCUAUGUUAUACAGCUGUGGGGCCCAAUAUAGAAUACACACCCAUGGAGUCUUUAGAGGAAUACAAGAUGUUCGGCGAGUGCCAGGAGUCGCUCCAACUAUUGUCCGAUCAGCUAGUGAGACGAAUGAAAAACGUCCCUUCAUGUGUGCGUACCCUGGUUGUAACAAACGAUACUUUAAGCUGUCCCAUUUACAGAUGCACAGCAGAAAGCACACCGGUGAGAAACCAUACCAAUGCGACUUUAAGGACUGUGAGCGAAGGUUCUCUCGUUCAGACCAACUCAAACGACACCAAAGACGACACACAGGAGUGAAACCCUUCCAGUGUAAAACCUGUCAGAGAAAGUUUUCCAGAUCUGAUCAUCUGAAGACUCAUACCAGGACUCAUACAGGUAAAACAAGUGAAAAACCAUUCAGCUGUAGAUGGCCCAGCUGUCAAAAAAAAUUUGCCAGAUCUGAUGAAUUAGUCCGUCAUCACAACAUGCACCAGAGGAACAUGACUAAACUUCAGUUGGCCCUUUAGACAAUUCAAACAAAUGAAUAAACCAGAUGGGACAAUAUGAACUACUGCAAAAUUUUCCAUCAUCCUUGACCACCUCUUUAGGAAAGCUACGGCUGUCUUCGCUACCCAGUUGAGACAAGUUAACUAAACCGUAGGAUUCUGUUCAGUUUUGUCAUCCAUUUGGACUUUAAAAAAAAAAAAAAUCUCAUUCAAUAUUAAGUGGGUUUUUUUGUAACGUUGUUAUGGAAUUACAAAGACUGUUACAGUUAAAAUAUUACUAUGAACUAUAGUUACUUUUGAUGGGUUUUUCUCUAAAAAGCUUUCAAUUUUUAUUUCUGCUUGAACUUUUCCAGGUGCAAAUUCAUUGUACCUCAUUCAGUCAAACCAUGCGUAGGGCAUGUGUGCAUGUCUGCUAAGAUAAGCUCUGUGCUUACUGCAUAUGUGCAUAUGGUUAAGUUUCCAAUUUCUAAUACAACCACACAUUCCAAAAAAACACCUGAGACAUUUAUGGUAAGCUUUGUACUUCUACUGCCUAAAGGCAAUUUUUAAAAAUGUAAGGUCUGAUUUGAAUUUCAAAAAUCAACUUUAACCCCCCCCCCUCACAGUUUCUGGAGCAGCUAAAGUUAGAUGAAGCAGUACCACUUUGUGCAGAAAAUGAGAAUCUUACAAUUAAGUUAACUUGCUUUUAACAUUAUAGCAUUGAUCCCCCAAAACUGUAUUUUCUCUGUUUAAAUCUU